AUGCCUGUCGGCGCCCGCUUCGGGCACACCUGUACGCCGCUCGGCGACGGACGCGUGGUGCUCUUCGGGGGCGCCACCGGCGGCGGCGGGUGCUUCACGGUGCUGGCCGACGCGCACGUGCUCGACCCCCGCACGAGGACGUGGUCGAGGAUGGAGACCGAGGGCCCGAGUCCCGCGGCCCGCCUCGGCCACGCGUCGGUGUGUGUCGGCGAGGGCCACGGGCAGGUGGUCGUCUACGGCGGGUCCGCUGGGGGUGGCAUGCUGGUGCCCGAGGACAUGUACCUCCUCGACGCGGACGACCUCGAGGGCCCCGGCUGGGCCGUGGUGCGGGUCGAGGGCCCGACGCCGGGGGCCAGGUACGGCCACGCCAUGGUCUUCUCCGAGGGCCAGAUGGAGCUGGUGGUCUUCGGAGGGCACAACGGCCUCGAGGCCCUGGGCGAUCUGUGGACCCUCAGCAUCAGGGGCCGCCCAUUCGGGCCCUGGCGCUGGACCCAGGUGAGUGCCGCCAACAGCCUCGCACCGAGCCCGCGGUGCUACCACGCGGCCGCCGUCUGCCCUGCCGGGGCUGCGCGGGGAAUGGUCGUCGUCUUCGGGGGCAGAAGGUCCGACGGCGCCUGCCUGAACGACGCGUGGGGCCUCGAGCCGCGGAGCGACGGGAGUUGGGAGUGGGUGCUCGCGCCGGUGGGGGCCAGCGCGCUGCCCGAGCCUCGCUGCCAGCACGCCUGCGUCUUCCUCGGCGAGUGGCUCCUCGUCGCUGGCGGCCGCGGGGCAGCCAGCUCUGGGCGCGAUGCCCCCUUGAGCUCGGCGCUGUACGACACGGGCUCGGGCGAGUGGGUGGCUUGCGACCUGGGCGUGCACAGGUGCUGGCACGCUUGCUGGGCCGCGGAGGGCGUGGUGUUCUCGCACGGCGGCUUCUGCGACGGCAAGUGGUCUGCGCCCGGCAGCGAGCUGGAGUUAGCGGGCGUCUAUUUCGAGGAGGCCGAUGUUGUAGCGGGCGGUGGCCAGGUGGGCAGCUCCAAGCGCCUGCGACGGGCCUGGCCGCCCAUGUGCUGCUCGGAGAUGGUGCGCGAGGUGCCCACGGUGCUGCUCCAGGCUGACGCCUGGCCACCGACGGUGCUGCUCGACGCUGAGCCCCCGCCGGGCCGCGAGCUCCCAGAGUUGGUGCGGCUCGGGGACCUCCCCCCGCUCUGA